AUGGUUACCAAGUGUACCUCUGGAAAGGGAGCUAAUUUUAUGGUUACCAAGUGUACUACGGGAAAGGGAGCUAAUUUUACAGCUAUGAAGUGUACUACUAAGGAUAUUGGUACUCCUGGAAAGGGAGCUAGUGGUACAUUUGGACCAAGCACCGUAACUGAAGAGAAAAAAAUAAAAAAAUUUAUAAAAUGUAAAUAUAUAAAUAUAAAUAACAAAAAUAACAAUGUAAAUGGAAAUGAAGUUGAAUUAUUAACAGAAAAACCAUAUUUAUAUAUAUAUUUGAUGAAGAAUAUUGAAAAUGAAAUAACUAAUGAAGAAUUUAAUAAAUUUCUUAACAAACGUUUGAAUAAUAAAUUUAAUGAAGAAUUUCUUAUUAUUAUUCUUAUGGAAAAUAUUAAUAACAAAUUCUAUAAUAAAAUUAAAAAUCAUUUACAUAAAUUACAUCUACACAAUCGUAUUAUCAAAUUAUUUCUUACAUCACGUAUCUUAUUAUUAUUUACUCCUCGAAAGGGAGCUAAUUCUACAGCCACCAAGUUUAUCAUUGGACCAAGCACCGUAACUGGUGAGAAAAUUCCUAAUGAAAUUGCUGCUGUAACUAGAUCUGGGGAGUCAAGUACUUUUUCUGAGGAUACUAAUGAUAAGGUUAUUAAGGAUAUUGAGGAUAUUAAUACUAGGGGAUUAAGUACUGUUACUGAGGAAACUGGUACUAAGGAAGCCCCUUUAGGGGCUGGUAGUAAGGAUAGUGAGGAAUCUGGUACCGUUGGAGCAAGCACCGUAACGGACACCGUAAUGGAGAAAAAAAUAUUUGAUUAUAUAAAAUUAUAUGAAGAUUGGUUGAAUAUAUUUUAUAAAUUAAAAUUAUUAAUGGAUUAUUUAAUUUUUUAUGAAAUUUUAUUUUAUAAUCCUAUUUUUUCUUCCGUUACGGUGUCUAGUACCACGGCUACAACUACUACUGAGGAUACUAAGAAUACUACUGGUAGUAAGGAUAUUGAGGAUAUUGGUACCAUUGGAGCAAGCACCGUUACGGAAGAAAAUUCUACUAUUCUUGCUGCUCCUAAUGUACCUACUGUUACUAAGGAUAUAGACACUCUAAUCUUAAGAAUAAAUACCAUUAUAAAUAAUAUAAUAAAUAAUAAUAGUAUAAAAAAUUUAACAAAUUAUGAAAUAAAGAAAUUUAUAUUAUAUAAACAAUUAUUAAUAAUAAAAUAUAAUUUAAAUAAUAAAAUUAUUUAUUUAAUUACAUUAUUUCUUUUCAAUUUUAUUUUCUUUUUACUUAAUAAUUUUAUACCAAAUAAUUUUAUUUUCAAUUUUAUUAACAAUUUUAUACCAACCAUAACAACAGUACCAACUGUACCAACUGUACCAACUGUACCAACUGUAACCUCAGUACCCUCAGUACCAAAUAAUAUACAAUUGAAUGGUAUAAAUGAUAUUGUAUUGGAAAAUUUAAAUAAUAAUAAUAUAAUUAUUAUUUUAUUUGAAAUUAUUAUUUUUAUUAAUCAUUAUAUUAAUUCUUCCGUUACGGUGACUGGUCCACCAAACAAUACUACUACCACGGGAAAGGGAGCUAAUUUUACAGCCACCGAGUGUACUAUGGGUACUCCCGGAAAGGGAGCUAAUUUUACAGCUAUGGAGUGUACUACAGGAAAGGGAGCUAAUUCUAUGGGUACCAAGUGUACUAGUGAGAAAAUUCCUAAUACUAUUGCUGCUGUAACUAAUUCUAGGGAGUCGGAUACUUUUGAUGAAUUAGAUACCUUAACGGAUAAUAUAUUAAUAUUAAAUAUAUUAAAACAAUAUAAUAUUAAUAUUCAUACUAGUACUAAGGAUACUAUUGGUACUAAGGAUACUAUUGGUACUAAGGGUACUAUUGGUACUGGUACUAAGGGAGCUAGGGAUACUACUACUACUACUGGUACUGGUACUACUGGUAUAGAAGAAGAUAAAUAUAUAAUAAAUACAUAUAAAUAUAUAUCAUUUAUAUAUUUAUUAUUAUAUAAAUUUUUAUCAUACAAUAAUAUUAUUACUUCCAUUACGGGGUCUGGUCUCACAGAUACUGAAGAUACUACUGAUACUGAGGAUACUACUGAUACUGAGGAUACUGAGCUUGAUAGUAUAGUUGAACCUGACACCGUAACUGAGGAGAAAAAUCCUAAUAAAAUUGCUGUUGUAACUAAAUCUGGGGAGUCAGGUACUUUUUCCGUAGAUAUUAAGGAUACUAAUACUAAGGGAGAGGGAGUUAAUACUAAGGAUACUAAGGAUACUGAGGAAACCCCUUUUGAGGUUGAUGAGGAUACUGUAGAUGAUAUUAAGGAAGAUGAAUUUAUAAAUUAUAUUAAUAAUAUUUAUAAUAUAAUAAUACAAUUAUCAUUUAAUAUACAAUUUCUUCAAUCUAAUACUUCCGUUACGGUGACUGGUCCACCAAACAGUACUAGUACCCCCGGAAAGAGAGCUAAUGACACUUUUAGUACUAUGGGAAAGGGAGCUAAUUUUACCCUUAUGGAGUGUAUUCCGGGAAAGGGAGCUAAUUCUACAGGUACCAAGUGUACUACCGGAAAGGGAGCUAAUUCUACCCUUAUGGAGUGUACUAGUGAGAAAAUUCUGAAUGAAAUUGCUGUUGUAACUAAAACUGGGGAGUCGAGUACUUUUACUAAGGAUAUUACUGGUAAGGUUAUUAAGGAUAGUAAGGAUACUGUAGAGAUAAGUAAGACCCCUUCGGGGGGAGUUGGUGAGGAAGUUGGCUGCCUUGAACCUCACUCCGUUAUGGAGGAAAUAAUAAAAUUAGAAAAAAAAUUAUAUAUAGAACUAAAUAAUAUAAAUAAUUAUAAAAAUAAUAUAAUAAAUAAUUGUAUAAAAUAUUUUAUAUUAUCAAAUCUUAUUAAUUAUAAAGAUUUAUUUUUAAAUUUUACUUAUAUUGAUUCCAAUUAUCUUUAUAAUUCUUUUUAUUAUAAAUUUAUUACUUCCGUUACGGUGUCAGGUACAACAGAUACUAUUCCUCCUCCUAAGGAUACUAUUGGUACUGAGGAACCUGACACUACUGAAGAAAAUUCCACUACCCAAUUUGCUGCUACUAAAGUAGCUGAUGGUAUUAAGGGAUCUACUACUAGGGAUAGUGAUGUUAUUACUACAGUUGGAGCAAGCACCGUAAUGGAGGAUAAUAUUACUGAAUUUGAAGAUAAUAUAAGUAUUAGUACUAGUGAUACUAUAGAAGAUACUAUUGAUACUAUUAAUACUAGUGGUAAUAUUAUUGAGGAAAAAAAUAUUAAUGAAAUUGCUGCUGUAACUAGAUCUGGGGGGUCAAGUACUUUUUCUGAGGGAGUUCGUACUGAGGAUAUUAGGGAUACUGAGGAAACCCCUUUCGGGGCUGUAGAUGUGGGAACUGGUGCCGUUGGAGCAAGCACCGUAACGGAAGACACCGUAAUGGAAGAAUUAGAUAAAUUAGAUGAAAUAGGUAUAGAUAUGAAAAUAUAUAAUUGUGAUGAAUAUGAACAUAUAUUUAAUAAAAAAAAUUAUAAUAUAAAUAAUGAAGAAAUUAUAUUACAUAAAUUUUGUAAAAAUUUUCUUCACAUAUUAUUUAUUAAACCCGUUACGGUGACUGGUCCACCAAACAGUACUACCCCUGGAAAGGGAGCUAAUUCUACAGGUACAGAGUGUACCCCUGGAAAGGGAGCUAAUUUUACAGCUAUGGAGUGUACUACCGGAAAGGGAGCUAAUUCUAUGCCUAUGGAGUGUACUACGGAGAAAAUUCCUAAUGAAAUUGCUGUUGUAACUAAAACUGGGGAGUCAGGUAAUAAUUCUAAGGAUACUAAUACUAUGGAAACCCCUUUCGGGGAUAAGGAAGCCUCUUUCGGGGCUGCCGUAGGACCAGUCACCGUAACGGGAGACACCAUAAAAGAAUUAUUAAUGAAAAUAAUAUUAAAAGGAAUAAUAAUAAAAGAAAUAAUAAUAAUAAAUAUAGAUAAUAAAAUAAAAGAAAUAAAUAUACCAAUAAAAAAUAAAUUAAUUAAUCAAAAAAAUAAUUUGGAUAAUGAAAAUUUGAAUAAUUUAUUUAUAAAUGAAAUAAAAUUACCAAAAUUUAAAAAUAAAUUAUUAUUAUGUUUAUAUAUAAUUUCUAAUGAUAUUAUUUCUAAUAAUAUUAAAUUAUUCAAUAUACAAUUAUUUCAACAAAAAUUAAAUAAAUUAUCAAAUUAUAAGAAAAUUAAUGAAAUUAAUGAAAAAAAUGAAAAAAAUGAAGAAUUAUUGGAAAAAAAUGUGAAAAAUGAAGAAUUAUUGGAAAUGUUGGAAAUGUCGGAAGAAUUAUUGGAAAAAAAAGUGAUAAAUAAUGAAAAAUUGUAUAUAAAAAAUUAUGAAAUAAUAUUAACAGAAAUAUUUGAUGUAGAAUUAUUUGAUGAGAUAAUAAAUUUAUGUAUAAAUUUUAAACAUUUAAUAAAAAUUAAUAAAAUUUUAGUUAAUAAUAAAAUUUUAUCUACUAAUAAUUUAUUAUUAAAUUUCAAUUCUUCUUAUAAAAUUAAUAUUCAUCAAAUUAUUAAAUUAUUAGAUAAUUCCUCCGGUACGGUGCUUGGUCACACGGCCAGUAAUGCUCCAACAGCCAGUAAUGGUACUGAGGUUAGUACUACUGAGGAUACUGGUAUUACUACUGUAGAUAGUACUACCAAUAGUAAUAGUACCACUAAUACUAAGCUUAUUAGUACCAUUGGAGCAAGCACCUUAACUGAGGAUAAUAUUCCUACUCAUUUUACCCCUGGAAAGGGAGCUAAUUUUACAGCCACCGAGUGUACCCCUGGAAAGGGAGCUAAUUCUACAGCUAUAGAGUGUACCAUUGGAGCAAGCACCGUAACUGAGGAGAAAAUUCCUAAUGAAAUUGCUGUUGUAACUAAAACUGGGGAGUCAGAUACUUUUUCUAUGGAUACUAAGGGAGUUGGUGAGGGUAGUGAGCGAACCCCUUUUGGAGGUACUGCUGGUCUGAGUGAGGAUACUUCUGUUGGUGGACCUGACCCCGAUUCGGAAGAAAAAAUAGAAAUAAAAGUAUAUUAUAAAAUGUAUAGAAAAUUUAAAUCAUCAUUAGAAGAAUUAUCAGAAGAAUUAAUAUAUAAAAUAUAUUUAAAUAGAAUUAAUAAUACAUUUACUAUUUCACGUAAUUAUAAUUCUGGUACUAAUUUAUAUAUUUCUAAUUCUAUAAAACAUUUUAUUAACAAUAUUAAAAUUAUUCAACCCGUUACGGUGCUUGGUCAAGCAGAUACUAUUCAUCCUCUUAACAGAGCCGUUACUAAGGAUACCCUUAGAGCAAGCACCGUAACUAAGGGAAAGAGAGCUAAUUUUAUGCCUAUAGAAUGUACUAAGGGUAAUAUUGAUACUAGUAUUAAUAGUAUUAAGGAUAUUAAGGGUAUAAAAGGUAUAAUAGAGAAUAAUAAUAUAAGAAUGGAAUAUAUAAUGAAUAUACCAUAUUAUGGAUAUAUAAAUAAGUAUAUGAAAAUAAAUAUAAGAAUAAGAUUAAAUAAAGAUAUGAAAAUAAGUUAUAAAAUAGAAAAAAAUGAAAAUUGGUUAAUAGAAGGAUUAAUAUUAAAUAAUAUAAAAUUAUCUAAAAAUACAUUUUUUAAUAUUAAUUUUAUAUUAAUACCAAUUAAAUUAGGACAUUUAUAUUUACCUAAUAUUAAUUUUAAUCUUAAUCUUAAUUUACCAAAACAUCAAAUUACUAUUUUCCCACAACAUUCUUUAAUCUAA